AUGUCCCCAAAUGGAGGUGAUUAUAGUAUUAGAAAUAGUCAAGUGUCUUGGGUGUACCUGCGCCCGAUCGAUCGCUGCCUCACUGAUGCCUCAGGAAUAAGGCUGCAUUCAGAUGUACAGGCUCCAACAUCCGAGUUGUGCUAUAGAGAAUGA